AUGAAGAAACUUAUUUGGAAGUAUUCUACAAUUUUGAUGAAAAAGAAACUAUUGGAGAGUAACCCCACCGAUGCCGAAAAACGUUUUGCAGAGAAAGGUACAUCAGAGCAGAUGCAAACACAAUGGGCUGGAAUGAGAAGAAGAUAUACAGCACGACGUGACGAUACUCGUGUUACUGGAAAUGGGGGUGAAUCACCUGAAGAUGAAGAGUACUAUGCUGCUGUGGGUGCCAUUACAAGAGAUGAUCCCAGUAUCAAUCCUCAGAUUUUGUUCGAAACAGUUAACAUGGAGAAGACUGGUAUUCAUAUAUAUGAUAUUGAUCAAGAUGAAGAUCUUCAACGAGUAGUGGAAUCAAAUCAAUCUGCAGUUGAAACUGGUCGCCAUAAUAGAAACAAUGGUGUACAAAAUCUUCUGGGUUUAGGUAGAAUUUUGUAUAUGGAUGACACAGAAGCUAAAAGAGAGGUGAUCAACAAAGCCAGGCGAGAACGCUAUCCAAGCGCAUCUCUUAACACUCCUCUUUCCAGGUUAGCAAGAGAAUGCUCUUUCUUUGUCGAAGAUAUUACCAACGAGCAUAGCCAUUCGUCUGACUCAGAUGCAGAUAUUCGUACGUCUGCCAAUUCCAAUCCUGUCACGCCAAACCCGUCAUUAUCUAACCCUUCCACAUCCAAUCGUUCCUCCCCCAUCGUUCCUCAUCCAAUCGUCCCUCCUCCAAUCGUCCCUCCUCCAACCGUCCCUCCUCCAAUCGUUCCUCAUCCAAUCUCCAAGGGCGUGAAUAAAAGACAAAUCGAUCGUGAUGCUUUUUUGACGAGACUGGAAGAGAGUAGAAGAGCUACCAUGAAUGAAAUAGCUGAAAGAAGACGAGAAUUGAUGCGCGAGAGACAUGCCUUGUAUGAAGACUCGGCUGAAAAAAGAAGAAAGCAUUUGGAAGAAACGUUUGAAAAGUAUCACUUGUUAACAAAUAUUCGUUCUAACAACUAA